ACAUUGAAACUCAUGAUUCCAAUGUACGCAGAACUAUUCUGCGGUACGAUUAACCACAUAGUAUUUUCGACGAUUAUUAAGAUCGUGAAGAUUUUUUUUUUGAGAUUGAGAAAAAAAAGUGAAGUUAUUUAAGACAAGAUGCCAGAAAGUACGAAAGUCGAGGCUAAACCAUCUAAGGAUCUUAAAAAUGAGAAGGAGGAUGAAAAGAGUGAAUUGACCGAAGAGGAUAAACUCUUGCAAGAGGAAUUAACAUAUUUGGUGGAAGUAUUGCAAGAUCCAAGUCAAAAAUUACAUCAAUUUGCAUUGGAAUUAUUAAGAACACAGAUACGUGCAUCUACAACGUCUAUGACAAGCGUACCAAAGCCUCUUAAAUUUAUGAGACCACAUUAUGAUACCAUGAAAAAGAUUUAUGAUAAAAUGGCCAAUCCAAAAUUAAAAGAAUUAUGUUCAGAUAUUAUUUCAGUUUUGGCUAUGACAAUGGGAGAAGGAAGAGAAUGUUUAAAAUAUAGAUUAACGGGAUCGGCUUUGUCCAUUGGUGAAUGGGGACACGAAUAUGUUAGACAUUUGUCAGGUGAAUUGGCUGGUGAAUGGGAUGAAAUUGCUGGAGCUGAUGCCGAAACUAUGAGUGAAAAAUUAAUUGCCUUGGUACAUGAAAUUGUACCUUAUAAUAUGGCACACAAUGCGGAAACCGAAGCUUGCGAUUUGUUAAUGGAAAUUGAAAGGCUAGAUUUAUUGGAACAAUAUGUAGACGAAAGUGCAUAUCAAAGAGUUUGCCUUUAUCUUACAAGUUGUAUACCUUAUGUAGCUGAUCCUGAAAAUAGUACAUUACUUCAAACAGCUGCAAAAUUGUAUAGAAAAUUUGGUCAAUAUCCUCAAGCAGUUAGACUUGCAAUGCAGCUUAAUAAUUUACCACUUGUCGAAGAUAUCUUCACCAAAUGUACAGAUCUAUCUGUUCAAAGACAGUUGGCUUUUAUGUUGGGCCGUCAACAGAUUUUCUUAGAUCUGAAUGAAUCCACGGUGGAAUACGACGAUUUAGUAGAAAUAAUGUCCAAUUCGCAAUUAAAUAAUCAUUUUCUUAAUUUGGCACGUGAAUUAGACAUAACAGAACCCAAAACACCAGAGGACGUAUACAAGUCACAUUUGGAAAAUUGUCGGCCGCCAUUUGGCGGUGGACAAGUUGAUUCUGCAAGACAAAAUUUAGCUGCAAGCUUUGUUAAUGGUUUUGUAAAUGCUGCAUUUGGACAAGAUAAAUUAUUAAUUGAGGAUGGAAACAAAUGGUUAUACAAAAAUAAAGAACAUGGAAUGCUCAGUGCUACUGCAUCUCUUGGUUUAAUAUUAUUAUGGGAUGUUGAUGGUGGAUUAACGCCAAUCGACAAAUAUCUUUAUUCUUCGGAAGAUUAUAUUAAAUCAGGAGCACUUUUGGCCUGUGGUAUUGUAAAUUGUGGUGUAAGAAAUGAAUGUGAUCCUGCUUUGGCACUUCUUUCCGAUUAUGUAUUACACAGUAGUAAUACAAUGAGAAUUGGUGCAAUUGUAGGUCUUGGAUUAGCUUAUGCUGGUUCUAACAGAGAAACAGUAUUAUGUUUGCUCACACCUGUUCUUAGCGAUCCAAAAUCAAGUUGGGAGGUCAUAGGGGUAGCUGGUCUUGCUUUAGGAAUGGUUGCAGUUGGAUCUUGUAACGCUUACGUUACAACUACGAUAAUGCAUACGUUAAUGGAAAAAUCAGAAAGUGAUCUUAAGGAUACAUAUGCACGUUUCUUACCUCUAGGAUUAGGAUUAUGUUUCUUAGGGAAACAGGAAGCUGCGGAAACAAUAAUUGCAGCAUUAGAAGUUAUACCGGAACCAUUUAGAUCUAUGUCAACAACACUCGUUGAAGUAUGUGCAUACGCAGGAACAGGAAAUGUCUUAAAGAUACAACAUCUCUUACAUAUAUGUUCUGAACAUUAUGAGCCAGCAAAUGAAAAAGAAGAUAAGAAUGAUCGCAAAGAUAAGGACAAAAAGGAAGAGAAAAAAGAAGAAAAAGAAAAAGAUCUUAGCUCUCGACAAGCAAUUGCUGUUCUUGGAAUUGCAUUGAUUGCAAUGGGAGAAGAAAUAGGUGCAGAAAUGGCAUAUAGAACAUUUGGACAUUUAUUGAGAUAUUCUGAACCGGUCAUUCGAAGAUCUGUACCACUUGCUUUAGGACUUAUAUCUGUUUCUAAUCCGAAAUUAAAUAUAUUAGAUACAUUAUCUAAAUUUUCGCACGACAGCGAUCCAGAAGUAGCGCACAAUGCAAUAUUUGCAAUGGGAUUAGUUGGAGCUGGAACAAAUAAUGCAAGAUUAGCAGCUAUGUUAAGACAAUUAGCAUUGUUCCAUUCUAAAGAUCCAAAUAAUUUAUUUAUGGUCCGUAUAUCGCAAGGUUUAACGCAUCUUGGAAAGGGAACUUUAACAUUAUCUCCAUAUCAUAGUGAUAGGCAAUUAUUAAGUCCUGUUGCAUUAGCAGGUCUCCUUGCUACAUUGAUUGGUUUUCUUGAUGUCAAAAAUAUUAUUCUUGGAAGAUCGCAUUAUCUCUUAUAUACAUUAGCAGCUGCAAUGCAGCCAAGAAUGCUUGUUACGUUUGAUGAAGUUUUAAAUCCAUUAGCUGUACCAGUACGAGUAGGUCUUGCGGUCGAUGUUGUAGGCCAAGCAGGUAAACCUAAAACAAUAACCGGUUUCCAAACACAUACGACUCCUGUAUUAUUAGCAUAUGGCGAAAGAGCCGAACUUACUACCGAAGAAUAUAUACCAUUAACUCCUAUUAUGGAAGGCUUUGUUAUAUUAAGAAAAAAUCCAGAUUUUGUACCUUAGAUUUAUUAUCUUUUAAUUCAUCCUGCGAAUAUACCUCUUAUUGUAUGUUUUUUCUAAAACAAAAUAUUAUAAGAUAUAAAAAAAAAAAGAAAAUAAAGAUUUCAUGUUAUUUAUAAAUCCUUAAAAUGUAAUAAGCUAUAAAAUUAAAAGAUAUGAUUUUAUUUAUAUGAGAAAUAGUAUUAUAAUGUUAGUUGAGGUAUACAAAAACAGAUGGCGCAACCGUUCCCAAAACAAUGAGUCUAAUGAUACAUAACCUAUAAAAUCGUUACAGAUAUCAUUACCAUUUUUACUUACUAUUAUAAUAGUGCGUUAUAUAUUAAUAUUUUCUUUACAUCAUUAAAAUAUUAAUAAUUAUAACGGAAACAAUUUUAUUGAUAAAUAUUUGAUCGAAAAUAAAAUAUUAUUUAUUAAUGAAUUAAAAAAGAAUUCUGACGCGCAAUAGGUUUAUUCAUUGACACACUUAACCUAUCAAAAAUUUAUAAAUAUUUUGAUUGUUUGUUUAUUAAUAAUUAUAUAUAAAUUACA